AUGGCCAUUCGCAAGAUAACAUUAUAUGGGGAUCCAGAUGAUCGAUUUUUAAGAAAAGUUGAGAAAGACGUUCUUGUAGCACAAAUAGUUAGAAAUAAAGCAAGAGAAGAAAAAUGUGUACCAGAAGUAGCAGCUUUUGAAAAAUGUUGUAUCGAGUACAAAUAUGCAAUGGUAUUUAAGUGUCAAAAUGUAAAUACAAUACUUAAAGAUUGUUUAAUUAAAUGGUAUAAUGAUAAAGAAUUUUGGAACGAAUGUACAGAAUAUUAUAUAAAAGAAAGAUCAGAAUAUAGAAGAACUGGAGAACCUAAAAAGAUAAGACAUUUAAAAACUCGUGUAGCUAAUUAUGUAUAAAUAUUGAAAAUGAGAGAAGGAUUUUAAGAUCUACGAGGAAUAGCCAUCUUCGUCAUCAUCUUCUAAAUUAAUAGAUGAUAUAUCUUGAUUCAGUUUCCAUCGC